CUCUCUCUCUCUCUCUCUCUCUCUUCACCGCUAGCCGGAUUUCUUGUUACAUCUAUCCAACAUGAAGGUCUUCGCAUAUUAUAGCCUGGCUGUUGCCUCGCUAGCCAUAGCAACCCCGGUGCCGGUGGCCGAUGCCGAAGCUGAGGCUUUGGCUGAAGCCGUAGCUCAGGGCGUUGAUAUUUCCGCAUUGGGACACUGGGUCGUCACCGAAGAUGCACCAGAGAAACGCGAGGCCGGCAUGGGGCUUCCUUCUCUCUUGCGUACAUGGCUGCGACCCAGAGACUCCACCGCCCAAGAUAACGCAAGCAACGGUGCUACUACCAACAACAAUAACAACGGCAAUGGCAAGGGAAAGGCCAAGGCCAAGGCAAAGGGCAAGGGCAAGGGCAAGGCCGCUGGCCAAGCCACGAACUCGACCAUGGCCGCCACAAACGGAACCGCGCUCGCCAGCAACGCCACGACCCCCGCCGCCUUGGCCGGCAACGGCACCGCUCUGGCUACCAACGGCACCGCGGCCGCAGCGAAGGGCAAGGGAAAGACGAACGGAAAGGGAAAGGCCAAGGCCAAGGGCAAGGCGAAGGGCAAGGCGAAUCAAGGCAACUAG